AUGAAAACAUCUCCUUAAUCAUUUUAAAGGGAAAAUGAAGAAACAGUUUGGCACACCAGAAAAUUGAGACAAGAGACUGAGAAGGAUAUUCAAUUAAUGAAGAAUCGUCUUAAAUUAUUAAAGAGAGGGGAUGCACAGUUAUCUAAGAGAAUUGAUGAAACCAAAAAGAAAACUUAAUCUAUGAUUGACUUAAAGAUGAAUCAUCAUCAGUAGAUUGAACAAGUAAGAAACUUUAUAUCCUUUUCAUUAGAAAAAGUUAAAUCAAAAAAAUGAUGAAGCAUAAUUAAAGGAGAAAUAGUAAUUAAAUUAUGAUCAAAAAAAACAAUAAGAAGAAUAACUGGAAAUGAUUAAAAAAGCAAUGGAAUAAAUUAAAGUAGAGGAAUAUAAAAAAAUUAAGUAACAUUCCCAAAUUAUGCAUUAGAGAGUUAUCAAUAAGAAAUGCUGAAAUGAUCAAUAAACAAAAAUAAGAUUUCAUGGUUUAGAAUAGGGAAAAAAGAGAACACAUCAAAGAGAUCAUGCAAAAAUCUAAAUCCAAUAUUUCUCUCUAUUGGAAUGAAAAGCUUUCUCACAUUUAAAAAGAAAAUGAAAAGUAUUUAUUUCUAAUCCUAUUUGAUAGAGCCAAACAAGAAAAUAAAAAAGCUUGUGAAUAAAACAAAGCGUAUUAAGAAAAGAUGGAAAUGGAAGAAUCAUAUAUGAUGUAGAAACUAAUGAGAUCAUAAGAAGUAUAAAAGAAAUUAACCAUUAAAUUGGAAAAAGCAAAGAAUUUGCCUCAUGAUGAAUUUAAUCAGAUGAUCAAAGAAGAAGAAGACAACUCUAAUAAUAUCAAAACCAAUAAAAGUGCUGAAAUUCCAAGAUGGUUACCAACUCCAGAGAAAGAUUUUGCAGUUAUCCAAGACUUAGACACUGAGCCUAAACAAGAUUCAGAUUAAUAGAAAGAUGAUCAAGGAUAACAAGAAUGA